AUGCCUUUCGAAUCCCAGUUUCCCAGUGCACCUAUUCCCGACGUGGACCUGUGGGCGUUUCUGUUCGAGAGGAAAGAUAAGAACUUCUCGGACGACAAAGUAAUCUACUUCGACCCAUACACAAAUCGUUCGUACACAUAUGCCCAAGUCAAGAACACAGCAAUCGAGUUCGGCAAAGGCCUGAAGGGUUUAUGGGAUUGGCAGAAAGACGAGGUACUAGCACUCUACACACCGAACUGUAUCGACACACCGGCGAUAACAUGGGGCUGUCACUGGGCUGGAGGCAUCUUAAGCCCUGCCAACCCCAACUACACUGUUGAGGAGCUCGCGUUCCAGUUGAAAGACUCUGGCGCAAGGGCAAUUGUCACCCAGCUGCCAUUCAUCAAAAAUGCGCAGGCAGCAGCAAAGCAGGUCGGAAUUCCGCUCGACAAGGUCAUCAUCAUGGGCGACCAGAAAGACCCCUCCUACACAGUCAAGCACUUCACAAGUAUUGUGAACACUGCAGGCUCGACAAAGUGGCGACGCACAAAAGCGAAGAACCCGGCAGAGGACCUGGCUUUCCUGGUGUACUCUUCCGGGACUACCGGCCACCCCAAGGGUGUCAUGCUCACACACCGCAACAUCGUCUCGAACACUAUGAUGAUCAAGGCGGCAGAGGCAGGGAACCUGCUACCCACCGGCGGACCCACCGGCGAAGGCGACAAGCUGAUCGCCUUUCUGCCCUUCUUCCACAUUUACGGCCUGACAUGCAUGAUCCACCAGAGUCUCUACUCCGGCCUGCAGCUCGUAGUGAUGCCCAAGUUCGACCUCGACGACUUCUGCCGCUUCAUCCAGGACCUGAAAAUCACAUUCGCCUACGUGGUCCCGCCCGUCGUCCUGCUCCUCGGCAAGCACCCCGCGGUGGAAAAGUACAACCUGAGCACCAUCCGCAUGAUGAACUCCGGCGCCGCGCCGCUGACAAGAGAGCUGGUCGACGCCGUCAACAAGCGCCUCGGCAUUCCCAUCAAGCAGGGCUACGGCCUCUCCGAGACCAGCCCAACAACCCACACCCAGCCGUGGGAAGACUGGAACAAGACCAUUGGCUCCGUCGGCACGCUGCUGCCCUACCAAACCGCCAAAUACAUGUCCGCCGACGAGCAGGAGCUGCCCACCGGCGAAGUCGGCGAGCUGUGGAUCAAGGGCCCAAAUGUGUUCAAAGGCUAUCUGAACAACCCCGCCGGCACCGCGAACGCGCUGACCGCCGACGGCUUCUUCAAGACCGGCGACGUGGGGUACCAGGACAAGAACGGCAACUUCUUCAUCACAGACCGCGUCAAGGAGCUCAUCAAGUACAAGGGCUUCCAGGUCCCGCCCGCCGAGCUGGAAGGCCUGCUGGUGUCGCACCCCGGCGUCGACGACGCGGCGGUCGUCGGCGUGUACGAUAAGGACCAGGCGACGGAGCUGCCGCGCGCGUAUAUCGUGCCGAAGAGCGGCCUAGGCAAGGGCGACAAGGAGGCGCAGGAGAUCGUCGAGUGGCUCGGGGCGAAGGUCGCGCACCACAAGAAGCUGCGCGGCGGGGUGCGGUUUGUCGACGAGAUUCCGAAGUCGGUGUCCGGGAAGAUCUUGCGGCGCGUGCUGAAGCUGAAGGCCCAGGAGGAGAUGGACGGCGCCGCGAAGGCGAAGCUGUAG